GUUCCUCGCUGGCGAGUCCUCGUCAGAAGAGGUUAUACGCUCAAAGUCUUUGCCCACACUCGAAACAAAACUGGAUUCCGAUAUCAAGAAUUAUCACGUCAUGAAGCCAGAGGCUUUGUGGCCAGCGAUUUCUGAAGGUUCGAACAGCACGCCUAAACGCACAAGCUUUAGUGAGACUGUCCCAGUUCCAGAAUUUGGUGCGUUGAUAGAGCAGUUAGCGACACAAAUUUCGACCGAAGUGGAUAAGUUAAAAGCGUUUUCUCAGAAAUACUCAGAAUUGAAACAAAGUUAUAAUCAAAAUCAAAAGUGGGCGGAGUGCGACAAAUUUAUAAUAUCCAUCACGGAAACACCGGACGGGAAGGAUGAAAUUGUGGGCGAGUUCAGAAAAGAAAACAGUCCAACUGCUUGCAAUGUAACAUUCAAAAUCACGGUUGCACCCAAACCAGAUACCAGAAUACAGGAAAUUACCGACAAAACAAAAUUUAUAGGUUGCAAUUGCCCCGAACCUCUGAAAGACGAACCACUGAAACAGCUGAUGCCGCCGUCUAUCCUGAAAACUAACAUGAGUCAAAAAUCUGCCGCUGCCUGUUACUGUGAAGCUAACUACAUGAACGGACCAGCUGAAGUAAAAUCAAACCAUCAAUAUCAAGUUAGCUACCCUUCUACUGAAAGGGUUAGCUUCUCAGAUAGCCGAACGCCUAUUGCGGGCAAUUUCUACAAAAACAGCCAACGUAAAGUUCGCCGCUCUUUUCUAGUGAGACAGAAAUCAACAUCCCAAACAACUGUACAUAACCCGAUCAACCAAACAUACGAACGCGCUGGAAAAGCGUUCAAUCAAAAAUACGAACGCGCUGAAAACCCAAUCAACCAAACAUACGAACGCGCUGGAAACCUGAUCAACCAAACAUACAAACGCGCUGAAAACCCAAUCAACCAAACAUACAAACGCGCUGAAAACCCGAUCAACCAAACAUACAAACACGCUGAAAACCCGAUCAACCAAACAUAUGAAUGCGCUGGAAACGCGAUCAACCAAAAAUACGAACGCGCUGAAAACCCGAUCAAACAAACAUAUGAACGCGCUGGAAACGCGAUCAACCAAAAAUACGAACGCGCUGAAAACCCGAUCAAACAAACAUACGAACGCGCUGGAAACGCGAUCAACCAAAACUACGAACGCGCUGAAAACCCUAUCAAACAAACAUACGAACGCGCUGGAAACGCGAUCAACCAAACAUACGAACACGCUGAAAACCCGAUCAAACAAACAUACGAACACGCUGAAAACCCGAUCAAACAAACAUACGAACGCGCUGGAAAAGCGAUCAACCAAACGUACGAACGCGCUGAAAACCCGAUAGACCAAAAAUAUGAACGCGCUGAAAACCUGAUCGACCACAAAUACGAACGCGCUGAAAACCCGAUCGACCACAAAUACGAACGCGCUGAAAACCUGAUCAAGCAAACAUACGAACGCACUGAAAACCCGAUGAAACAAACAUGGGAACCCCCAGUUUCUUCUCAAGUAACAGAGAAACCAACUUGGCAAACACCUGCUUCAGAUACAAUCAGCCAAACAUACGAACUACCAGUUCGCCGCGCUUCGCAAGUAACAGAGAAACCAACUUGGCAAACACCUGCUGUGGACACAAUCAACCAAGCAUACGAACCACCAGUUCGCCGCUCUUCUCAAGUAACAGAGAAACCAACUUGGCAAACACCUGCUGCUGUAGACACAAUCAACCAAACAUAUGAACCCCCAGUUCGCCGCGCUUCUCAAGUAACAGAGAAACCAACUUGGCAAACACCUGCUGUGGACACAAUCAACCAAACAUACGAACCACCAGAUAAACAGAAUCAUAGACAAGAUUAUACGACUUUUCGCCGCGCUUCUCAAGUAACAGAGAAACCAACUUUGCAAGCACCUGCUGCAGACACAAUCAACCAAGCACCUGAACCCCCAGUUCACCGCUCUUCUCAAGUAACAGAGAAAUCAAUGUUGCAAACACCUGCUGUAGACACAAUCAACCAAACAUCAGGACCCCCAGAUGACAGUACUUCUGAAAAAGGGGAACCAACUAGCGAACCCCCAGUUUGCUGUCCUCCAAAGGAAGCAAAGAAAACAGUUGGCCAAACUCCUGACGUAAACGUGAUCAACCAGAAAUCUGAACCCCCAGUUUGCUGUCCUCCAAAGGAAGCAAAGACAACAGUUGGCCAAACUACUGACGUAAACGUGAUCAACCAGAAAUCUGAACCCCCAGUUUGCUGUCCUCCAAAGGAAGCAAAGAAAACAGUUGGCCAAACUCCUGACGUAAACGUGAUCAACCAGAAAUCUGAACCCCCAGUUUGCUGUCCUCCAAAGGUAGCAAAGACAACAGUUGGCCAAACUCCUGACGUAAACGUGAUCAACCAGAAAUCUGAACCCCCAGUUUGCUGUGCUUCUAAGGAAGCAAAGAAAACAGUUGGCCAAAACCUGAUCAACCAGAAAUCUGAACUCCCAGGGAGCAAGUUUGUCUCCAAGUUUGCUUCUGCUUUCAAAUCAGUUUCUCCGAAAACCUCAAAAACCAAAAAACCGAGCAAACGAAAAUGCAAACCUCCAGCUUGCUGUUCUUCAAGUGAAAUUGAGCCACCAACUAGCCAGACGCCUGCUGUAAUCCCGGACAACCAAAAAUGCGAACCCUCAGUUUGCUGUUCUUCUCCGGAAAAAGAGGAAACAAUUUGCCAAAAAAUGCCUGUCGUAAACCCGGUCGACCAAAAAAACGAACCUCUAGAUCACGGUUCUCCAGAAAAAGAGGAAACAAUUCGCCAAAAAAUGCCUGUCGUAAACCCGGUCGACCAAAAAAGCGAACCUCUAGAUUGCGGUUCUUCACCGGAAAAAGAGGAAACAAUUUGCCAAAAAAUACCUGUCGUAAACCCGGUCGACCAAAAAAGUGAACCUCUAGAUUGCGGUUCUUCGCCGGAAAAAGUGGAAACAAUUUGCCAAAAAAUGCCUGUUGUAAACCCGGUCGACGAAACAUGCGAACCACCAGUUUGCUGCUUUUCUUCGGUAAAAGGGGAACCAAGUUGCCAAAACCUGCCUGUCGUAAUCCCGAUCGACCAAACACACGAACCCCCAGAUUGCUGUUAUUCUUCGGUAAAUGGGGAACCAACUUGCCAAAAACUGCGUGUCGUAAACCCGAACGACCAAACCGGCGAACGCCCAGAGGGCCGCCAUACUUCGAAAAAAAGACCACCGACUUGCCAAAACCUGCCUGUCGUAAACCCGGUCGACCAAUCCUGUGAACCCCCAAACGAAGUUUGCUGUUAUUCUCCGGAAAAAGAAGAACCAGUCCAAAUGUCUCCCAUCAAUGCGAUCGACCAAACAUACGAACCCGCAGUUUGCUGUACUUCUCCGGAAGAAGGAAAACCAACUCACGAAAAGUCUGCCAUUAGCAUGAUCGACCUAAAAUGCGAUUCCACAGUUUGCUGUUAUUCUCCGAUAAAAGGGAAACGAACUCCCCAAAAGUCUGCCGUCAACAUAAUCGACCAAAAAUCCGAACCUCCAGUUUGCUGUUAUAAUCCGGAAAAAGGGAGACCAACUAGCCAAAUUCCUGUCGUAAACCCGAUCAAUGAAAAAAGCGAACCCAAAGGUCGCCCUGCCCAAGUAAUAAGAUCACCUACCAACUUAGCAAAGCCUGAAGUAAUGUCGAAGCCAGAUAACAAAAGUUCUUGCCCAGCUUGUGCGGUUUGUCCUGGUAAAGAAGAUAAAUGGUCAAUUUUUGAUCUAUCACCUGAGGCGGAGGCCAAAUGGAAUCCACAAAAAGUUAGAAGUUCCGAAGACAAAGGAGUUAACUGUGUGUGUCCUAAGCAAGAACUACUAUUUACUGAAGAGCCUGAGCCUGGGCCUAAAAUUAAGCCGAAAAAGCUUAAAAUAAUCACAGACAAAGCUUGCUGUAUAUGUGCUGUUGUAGAAGACAUAUCAAGUUACGAAAUAACUCGAACCCAUAAAGACGAAUGCAAAGGUUUAUGUCCUUGUGUUGAAGAAGAUAAAUCAAUUUACGCUGACUCAUUCCCGUAUGGGUAUAACGAAAACCAGGAACCCAUCUUAAAGACUAACCGUAAGACCAUCGUCAUAGGUGAAGAAUAUUUGUAUUUGUAUAAUACGUACGGCGGCGUCGAUCAGACAGACUCAAAAACGAAGAACUCAACUUCUGCUAUUGAAAUUAUUGAGAUGAAAGCGUCUAAAAUAACGCCCAAAUCCUCCUCGAAGAAAACCACAGAUCCCAUAAAAGACACACAGCCCCAAACAACAAAUGAUCCAUCUGUCAAUGAUUCUCCAACAGAAGCACCAAUAACUACAGAGUGCCCACCAGCCAAAAAGACAGAACUCAUAAAGGUCACACUCCCCACAGAGCGCCCACCAACCGAAGAAGCAGAACCUAUAAAGGACCCAAAACCUACAGAGGUCACACUGACCACAAAGUACGACCCUAUCAAAGAGGCAGAAUCUAUAAAGGUCGCAAAACCCACAGAGUGCCCACCAACUGAUGAAGCAGAACCAAUAAAGGAUCCAAAACCUACAGAGGUCACACUUCCCACAGUGUGCGGACCUACCAAAGAGGCAGAAUCCAUAAAAGUCCCAAAGCACACAGAAGUUAAAGUGCCCACAGAGUGCCCACCAACCAAAGAGGCAGAACCUAUAAAGAUCCCAAAACCCACAGAGGCUAUACUGCCUACAGAGUGCCCACCUACCUACAAGGUCAAAAGACUCACAGAAGUCACUCUGGCCACAGUGUGCGGACCUACCACAGUGAUAUCAUCUACCAAAGAGCUCAUACCUACCACAGAAAACCCACAGUCCAAGGAUGAGACCAGAGCAGAAGCGCCAGAAACAAUAAUUGAAUCAUCCUUGACGAAAACCUCAGAUCCUACAAUAGUCAUACAGUCCCAACCAACAGAGGCCCCAUGUAUCAAGGAUUGUUCAGAACCCUCAAAGGCCCCACUAACCACAGAGAUAGAACCAAUAGAGGUCCCAAAACUCACAUGGUGUUUAAUCACAGUGGCCACUUCUACCACAGGGACCACACUGAGCCCACAGACCAAGGAUGCUACCACAGAUCCCAUCGAAGAAGGGCCCAUACCUACCACACAGAGCCCACAGACCCAAGACGCUACCACAGAUACCAUGGAAGAAGAAGAGCCACGGAAGUUUUCAUGUCUCCAAUACCUCAGAGGUUUAUUAGGCAGAAGAGUGAAUUACACUUUCGAGCUUCCGCCACUAUUGACCUUCUUGCGGGCCUCGGAUUCCGAUUCAGAAGAUGACGAGAUUGACGAAAUAAUCCGCCAGAAGUCUCUAACGGAGCACCAACCUGACCCGAAGCCUCCAGUCCAAGUUAGCCGACUUUUGGUUACCCUACCUGAAGCAAACACAUACAAACACUUACCCAAUGCAAUAUCAAUAUGGCGGACCACUCUCUGCACCACAGAAGAAUCAAAUAUCAACUACACCUGUACCGACUCCUCUCAAACCUUAUGUGUCAUGGGACAGAGCAGAUUGAACCGCGUAUUCAGUGUGACCAACAUUUGUAGUGGAGAAGAGAUGGAAAAGCUAAGAUUAGCGUACUUUUUGUUGUCGGCCAUGGAAGGGAGAAUUAGAAGGGUUAAUUUGAACAAAGUUAAUUAUCCACGAGUAAAUUAUUUGGCCACGUUACGCUAAGAUUAAUGUAUUUCUAUAAACAGAAAAGUUUAUAAUAAUAUUAAUGUUGUGAACUUAGUAACCGUCCAGGUUAUGUAUAUAUGGUCAAUACGGGUAUGUGUAUCAUAGG